UUUUUUUGUCAGUGCAAACGAAAGUAUGAAACGGAUUUCUGCUGGAUUGCUCAAGUGAACCUUUGGAACGGGGUUCAACCCAAAGAGCUGGCAGCCAUAAAAAAAUAGAUGAUGUCUGGAGGAAUAGUUCCUGGUCUGUGGCUGCUGCUGCUUCCUCUCCAAGUCACCGCGCAUCUGUUCCCCAUGCUUGACAAUCCUCUGGAGGUGAUGGACGGUGACGUCAGGCUCGUGGGCUCCGGCAAAGCCUCCGAGGGCCGAGUGGAGAUCUACCAUGACGGACAGUGGGGGACGGUGUGUGACGACGGCUGGGACAUGGCCGACGCUCAGGUUGUGUGUCGCCAGCUCAACUUCCCCGGAGCCAAAUUUGUUUUCAAUCGUAACAACUUCAAAAAAGCUACUGGACCUAUCUGGCUGGAUGAGGUCAAAUGUGAAGGCUCGGAACACAAUCUGAUCUCUUGUGGGCGGAAGGAGUGGGGUGUGACCGACUGUACCCACAAAGAGGAUGCAGCCAUCGCCUGUGAAGUGAAUGGAAACCUGAACGAAACUUCGCGCUGGCUGGAUCACAGCAUCCAGUUAUCCAGCGACCUCGGCGAGCUCUUCGACAGCAGGGCCCUGUGCGACCUACAGAUCGUGGUCCAAAGUCCUACCGCGGUCAGGAGUGCGGACGGCUCCUUUGAGAUGGUCUCUGAAACCAUCUGUGCCCACAAGUCCAUCCUGUGGAAGUACCCGGCCUUCAGGUUGGCGGACGGAGAGAGCGAAAUCGCUGUCAACGUCAGCCAUUCCUGCCAACCCUACUUCACUGCUUUCAUCAGGUACCUCUACACCGGCAAAGUGGAGGUGAACUACUCCUCAGCGCAGUGCUUCCACUGGAUCGCGUCUAAAUUUCACGUGAAAUCAUUGCUGGAGUCGAGCAGUCUUUUCGCCGGACUUCUGACUGAGGACAGCUCAUUUCACAGCCAGGUGGCCCUGUAUAGUUACGCAGUAGAAACCAGCGACUUGGUUCUUCAGGAGAACUGCCUUCAAUAUCUGGCCUGGAACAUCGAGAACUUGGCCAAUUCCUCAGCUUGGCCCACUCUUUCCCUGGAGGUCAUCAAGUCUCUCCUGCUGCGCUCAGACCUGGUCCUGAAUAAUGAGUAUUCUCUUCUUCAGUCAGUGGAGAGGUGGAUUCUCGCCAGCAACUCCUCUCUGGAAAGCCAGGCCGACCUCUUGAGUCACAUUCGCUUCCCGAUGAUCCCAGUCGAGAUGCUCUACAAGCUGGAGUUUAACAACACGGUUUAUGAGACACACAAAGAUGUCUAUCGUAGCAAAAUCCUGAAGGCCUUGCUUUUCCAUGUCCUGCCCAUCACUACUCUCGAGAGUCACCCAGACUUCAAUAAAAAUGAUGUCGAUUACCACUUCAGGAUCUACACUGAACGCCCAUGGAGCAGAGAGGUGCGUCUCGGACAGGGCAUCAACUAUAACUACUAUGAUGGUAGCUACAGAGGCAGUUACUCUGAUAGUUUGAUCUGUCCAGCUCACAGCCCCACGGUCUUGAAGAAAGACCUGAUGAGAUGGAGCGUUUACGUCUUCACCGAAGUGUAUCAUUGUUCAAACUACGGCUUCAACUGUGACUCCGUCCCUGUGGCGGUGUUCACACCUCAAAACACAAACCACAAAAUUGUCUACCACAACCGGCUCCUGGUGUACUGUGAAUCCAAGUUCCUGUCACACAUUCAGGAGUUCAAAGACGGCCUGGCUUACUGGUCCCAUACCAGCACCAUGUCCUACCCCUGUCCCACCAAACAGUUCUCCUUUCGCUUUGUGGUGCGGCCACUAGCAGGGACAUGUAAGAGCGAAGGUAGAGCGGGUUUUGAUCCGGAAGCGCUGACUGAGCAAAAAAAAAAGAUGAUGUCUGGAGGAAUAGUUCCUGGUCUGUGGCUGCUGCUGCUUCCUCUCCAAGUCACCGCGCAUCUGUUCCCCAUGCUUGACAAUCCUCUGGAGGUGAUGGACGGUGACGUCAGGCUCGUGGGCUCCGGCAAAGCCUCCGAGGGCCGAGUGGAGAUCUACCAUAACGGACAGUGGGGGACGGUGUGUGACGACGGCUGGGACAUGGCCGACGCUCAGGUUGUGUGUCGCCAGCUCAACUUCCCCGGAGCCAAAUUUGUUUUCAAUCGUAACAACUUCAAAAAAGCUACUGGACCUAUCUGGCUGGAUGAGGUCAAAUGUGAAGGCUCGGAACACAAUCUCAUCUCUUGUGGGCGGAAGGAGUGGGGUGUGACCGACUGUACCCACAAAGAGGAUGCAGCCAUCGCCUGUGAAGUGAAUGGAAACCUGAACGAAACUUCGCACUGGCUGGAUCACAGCAUCCAGUUAUCCAGCGACCUCGGCGAGCUCUUCGACAGCAGGGCCCUGUGCGACCUACAGAUCGUGGUCCAAAGUCCUACCGCGGUCAGGAGUGCGGACGGCUCCUUUGAGAUGGUCUCUGAAACCAUCUGUGCCCACAAGUCCAUCCUGUGGAAGUACCCGGCCUUCAGGUUGGCGGACGGAGAGAGCGAAAUCGCUGUCAACGUCAGCCAUUCCUGCCAACCCUACUUCACUGCUUUCAUCAGGUACCUCUACACCGGCAAAGUGGAGGUGAACUACUCCUCAGCGCAGUGCUUCCACUGGAUCGCGUCUAAAUUUCACGUGAAAUCAUUGAUGGAGGCGAGCAGUCGUCUUUUCACCGGACUUCUGACUGAGGACAGCUCAUUUCACAGCCAGGUGGCCCUGUAUAGUUACGCAGUAGAAACCAGCGACUUGGUUCUUCAGGAGAACUGCCUUCAAUAUCUGGCCUGGAACAUCGAGAACUUGGCCAAUUCCCCAGCUUGGCCCACUCUUUCCCUGGAGGUCAUCAAGUCUCUCCUGCUGCGCUCAGACCUGGUCCUGAAUAAUGAGUAUUCUCUUCUUCAGUCAGUGGAGAGGUGGAUUCUCGCCAGCAACUCCUCUCUGGAAAGCCAGGCCGACCUCUUGAGUCACAUUCGCUUCCCGAUGAUCCCAGUCGAGAUGCUCUACAAGCUGGAGUUUAACAACACGGUUUAUGAGACACACAAAGAUGUCUAUCGUAGCAAAAUCCUGAAGGCCUUGCUUUUCCAUGUCCUGCCCAUCACUAGUCUCGAGAGUCACCCAGACUUCAAUAAAAAUGAUGUCGAUUACCACUUCAGGAUCUACACUGGACGCCCAUGGAGCAGAGAGGUGCGUCUGGGACAGGGCAGCAGCUAUGGCAACUAUGGAAACCUCUUUGGAGUCAACUAUGACGGCAGCAAUGGCGGCAGCUAUGGCGGCAGCUAUGGCGGCAGUAGCUAUGGCGGCAGUAGCUAUGGCGGCAGUAGCUAUGGUAGCAGCUAUGCCAGCAUGCGUGGAAGCGGCAGAUCGGGAAGCAGGGUUGCAAGCAGUAGCCGCCGCUUUUACCCCACCAGUGCUCCUAAGUACAGCUCCAACAUUUUUACCUGUCCAGCUCACAGCACCAUGGUCUUGAAGAACGACAUGCUGAGCUGGAGCACCAAUUUCCUCACCCGAGUUCAAGAUUGUCCAAACUACGGCUUCAGCUGUGACUCCGCCCCUGUGGCGGUGUUCAAACCUCAAAACACAAACCACGAAAUUGUCUACCACAACCGGCUCCUGGUGUACUGUGAAUCCAAGUUCCUGUCACACAUUCAGGAGUUCAAAGACGGCCUGGCUUACUGGUCCCAGAACAGCACCAUGUCCUACCCCUGUCCCACCAAACAGUUCUCCUUUCGCUUUGCUGUGCGGCCACUGUAUGUCUGACCCCACGGCAGCGCCACUUCUUUAUCCAGCUUGCAUCAACAUUUUGCUUGAGAACGUACAACUCAAAUCAGUUCUAUGAGCUUGUCGUCUUUUCAUUUCUAUAUCAGAAAAUGAUUUCUACUGUUGAUUUUACAAGUAUGAAUGAAAAUAAACUGCGAGCACAUUCCCAUUGCUUCCAUCUCUUUGCA